AUGCAACCUGCGUCUAAAUUCGCACGGCAGUGUGAAGAUCGACUUCCCGGUGAGAUAUGUCACGCUCUCAAUAAGACUUCGUCAAUUCAUGCACAAAUCCAAAUGCAACACCAAGAAGUUUGUGUGCCAGGCUUCUGUGCCAAGUAUUCGGCGAAAGUCUCAUGUGCCAUCCUCAAAAAGUUGAUUCAAGUCGGUGAGGCGAACAAGGCGCAACCUCAGGCAAGUGCUUAA